AUUGAAAGGAUCGUGAUGAUAUUAGCAAGACCAUAACAAUUCCCUCCUAAUAACUAAUCUAAUCUCAUCCUCCCUCUCACUUUUAACACUUUUUAUCCUCUCUUGAUGAUCAUUCUUAAUGAAAAUAGUCCCCCACCCAUAGUGCGAUUUGGGGUUGUCUUGUCAGCCAAGAAGCAAAAGCAAGCGGUAAAAGAGAAAAAAGGGUGGCUGUGGAAUGUAUAUACAAGAGAAGAGAGAAAGGAAGAAGAGAAUGUGGGAGACAACCCAAAGAGCUGUCCCCACCACAUAAACCCUCUUCUUUCUACCUCACAAUUCUCAGUAACCAUUCCUCCCCAACCCAACUAGCUCACCCUAAUCUCCUUUGUGUAUUUAUACCCAUCAGUCACCCUCUUUGCACUCCACACUUCCACCCCCAUUUUCUCUGAUCCCUUCUCCCCGUUUUCUCAGCCUUCCACUAAGCUUCAAACCAUGGCUGACACAGCCGGCUCGGGAGGCAGGAUGUGGUGCUCAGUCCCUGAGAAGAUGCAACUGCACUUAGCCAUGCUGGCCUUGCAGUUUGGUUAUGCUGGCUUCCAUGUCGUCUCCAGAGCUGCACUCAACAUGGGCAUCAGCAUGCUUGUGUUCCCUGUCUACAGAAACAUCAUCGCCCUGCUUCUCCUCCUCCCCUUUGCUUACUUCCUUGAGAAGAAGGAAAGACCAGCCAUCACCCUCAACUUCCUGGUUCAGUUCUUCUUCCUGGCUCUCAUUGGUAUCACUGCAAACCAAGGCUUCUACUUGUUGGGCCUGAACAACACGUCCCCAACCUUCGCUUCCGCCAUACAGAACUCCGUCCCGGCGAUCACCUUUCUCAUGGCCGCCAUCCUCCGGCAAAAAGUGCGAUUCGACAGAAAAGACGGGAUCUCCAAAGCGCUAGGUACCCUCUGCUGCGUCGCCGGCGCCACCGUCAUCACUCUGUACAAGGGUCCGGCGAUCUACACCCCAACUCCACCGCUAACAACCCUGCUCACCUCCCCUGCCUCCGCCGCCGCGACUUCAUCCGUGCCCAGCUACGUCUCGAAGCUGGGAGACGAAGCGGACGGCGGGAACUGGACGCUGGGUUGCAUCUUCCUAAUCGGCCACUGCCUUUCCUGGUCCGGCUGGCUCGUCCUGCAGGCACCGAUCCUGAAGAAAUACCCGGCGAGACUCUCCGUCACCUCGUACACUUGCUUCUUCGGCCUCCUCCAGUUCCUGGUCAUCGCCGGCAUCGUCGAGCGCGACGCCCAGGCUUGGGUUUUCCACUCCGGCGGCGAACUCUUCACCAUCCUCUACGCGGGAGUGGUGGCAUCUGGGAUCGCGUUUGCUGUGCAGAUAUGGUGCAUUGACAGAGGGGGCCCUGUGUUUGUGGCCGUGUAUCAGCCUGUUCAGACCCUUAUUGUCGCCAUUAUGGCCUCUCUGGCUCUGGGCGAGGAGUUCUUCCUCGGAGGGAUCAUUGGGGCAGUCCUGAUCAUAAUCGGAUUGUACCUCGUGCUGUGGGGCAAGAACGAAGAGAGGAAGUUUGCGAACCUGGAGAAGGCUGCGAUCCAGUCAGGACAGGACCAGGGAAGCAACAACAGCAGGAUCCACGGCCACGUCAAGUCUGCUCUCAGUCAGCCGCUGCUGCCACCAUCCGAAAACGUUUGACCAACUUCGUCCUUGACCCUUUUCUUCCCUCUUUUGACACGCCUGGGCCUGAAGGAAAGAUGAUCAUAUUUCAACAAGGCCCAAAAGAAGAAAAAAAAUUGAAUUAAGAAGAAAAUGGGCACUACGUAACCCUACUGAAGAAGGGUUAGACAAUGCCAAAGCGUCUCGUCUAGGAAUUUAGUUGCAAGUUCGAAAUGUAGCACGCGGCCAGGCAGUAGUACAUCAACACGUAUGUGUAAAUAUAAAAAGGGGGAAAUUAGCAUCAUUUACAAUCUCAAUCUUUUCUCUUAAUUCUUCAAUAG